GGUCUUGUUUUCGAUGAGAACGCUAUACUGGAACAACUAGGUGUAUCUUUGAACCAGGAAAGUCCGAGACGCAAGAAGAGAGCUAAAGCCAAGCAAAGGAGAAAGAGCCAAGGUGCCACAACGCGAAGUGACUCGCCAACCCCCAAGACGCAAGAUCAACCUACCCCUAGGAUAUACAAUGCGGAUCAAUCACCUGGUCCUUCGCAAGCUGCGAGGAGGAGAAAGUCUCAAUCAGCUCAGCCUGCACAGCGCCCAAGCGAAGAACCAAAGAGGAAAAAGACUGCUGCUUGUCCAUCCAAAGCACCCGAAAGGAGGAGGAGGAGGAGUGGUAAAAAGCUGUCAUGUUUGGAACCAUACCAUGACGACAACAAAUGUAACAGCAGAUCGUUUUCCCUCGAGGCCGCAACGCUGCAGCGCAGUAAGCUGUAGGGUGGCCUUUUGCCACAUAUAGUUGAAUGAGCUGUUGAGUGGUGCGGUGUGCAUUGUCUUGUGGAAACGUGUGCUGUUGAAGUGUGUGAUGUCUGUAUUGCAGGCCUGAUAAUCUGAGUCGGAAGCUUCCAGCGGAGUAACGGUCGCGAAUCUGCCAAGGGUGUGUGGGAGAAGCUAAAAUGUUACGGUGCGUGCUAAAGUGUCAAUAUGGAAGCGGAGGAGAUGAUCGCCCUCGGCCGAUUCGAUCUCCACUGGGUGUCCGUAAAAGUCUGGAUGGGCAAGUGUAAGAAUAGGGAGGGAUUGUUGAUGAAUGUCGUUGAGAAGGAUGUACCUGUUGUCCACGUAUCGUGUGUUGAGGAGGUGCAGAGGUGGUUGUUGGAGGAAAUCAUGGUAUGUUUGAUGCCAAGCGUGCUCCAUCAGGGUGAUGGCGACGUUGCAGAGGGCUGGCGAAAGUUGGCUGCCAAUGAACUUGAGAAGUCCUCGUCCUUCUUCAGCACCAAGGCCUUGUUCUAAGGAAGAAGUACAACCAGUCGGCUGAAUGCACGAAGUAGUUGCUACAAGACAUCGUGAACCAUGCCCAAUGAACGCGUCCUCACUGAUCCUCGCUGAUCAGUAUUCUGCACCACCAUGUAGGUGUCCUAGUUCCUCGCAGAAGCGACCUUUGUGCAGCUAGCCGGGAGGAUUGACCUUUGCGAAAUCAUGAAGCAUUUGAGAGCUGGAGC